GGGACGCGGAAGAGAGGGAGAGCGGAUGGAACACUGGAUGACGAAGUACAUCUUUUCCUAAAUUCCUAAAAUCCAGAGAAUGCCUACGGCACGUAGGAAGCGGGUGGGGCUUAGGGGUUCCCAUGCAAACAUCUUCAUCGAACCACCCCACUCGAAGCAGCUGACACAGGAUGAUGAUGCCGAUGAGGUGGAGAUUGCUGUCGACAACACAGCUUUCAUGGACGAGUUCUUCUCUGAGAUUGAGGAAACUCGGCUCAAUAUUGACAAGAUCUCAGAACAUGUGGAGGAAGCUAAGAAACUCUACAGUAUCAUUCUCUCUGCACCGAUUCCAGAGCCAAAAACCAAAGAUGACCUCGAGAAGCUCACAGCUGAGAUCAAGAAAAGGGCCAACAAUGUCCGGAACAAACUGAAGAGCAUGGAGAAGCAUAUUGAAGAAGAUGAGGUCCGGUCGUCAGCAGACCUUCGAAUUAGAAAGUCCCAGCACUCCGUCCUCUCCCGGAAGUUUGUGGAGGUGAUGACCAAAUACAACGAGGCUCAGGUGGACUUCCGUGAACGCAGCAAAGGGCGAAUCCAACGGCAGCUUGAAAUUACUGGCAAGAAGACAACAGAUGAGGAGCUGGAAGAAAUGCUGGAGAGUGGCAACCCUGCCAUCUUCACUUCUGGGAUCAUUGACUCCCAGAUUUCCAAGCAAGCCCUCAGCGAGAUCGAGGGCCGGCACAAGGACAUUGUGAGGCUGGAGAGCAGUAUCAGGGAACUGCACGACAUGUUCGUGGACAUCGCCAUGCUGGUGGAGAAUCAGGGUGAGAUGUUAGAUAACAUAGAGCUGAAUGUCAUGCACACAGUGGACCACGUGGAGAAGGCACGCGAUGAAACUAAAAGAGCAGUGAAAUACCAGGGUCAGGCCCGGAAGAACCUGAUUUCACUCCAGCCUGGCCUGGCCACCCUUGUCUUCAGAUUGGAACAAAGUUUGAAUGGCCAUCCUGAGAGCAAGGGGGACCUGUUCCUUUUCCUUGUAACCAUCCUUGGACCUGACUCCACAAUCUAGUCCUGGAGGAACCUAACCUACCUGCUGCCAUCCUGAGCUCUCAUGACAACCAUCUCCUGUCCUAACAACUGAAGUGCCUUCCCUCCUGGACCGUAUGAACCAACCCACAUUUUCCUCCCUCUGGUGUGUCAAAUUAUGCCUUGCACCUUGGAAAGUCCAUGUGAGAGCUGCCCAAGGUGUGUUUUCUACCUCAUGGACUAUUCUCCCAGAAACUGCAAUGUACUUUUCAGGGGAGUAUCUACCAGAGCAGAGAAAUUCUGCUGAGUUUGGCAAUAGCAGGGCUUGGAUCAGAGUCCUCUACCUGGCAGGUCCUCAAUUUGUUGUCCUGUGUCCUGAAAACAUGAGGGACUGACAGAUUUUGUUCUCAAAAGUUGGCUUAUUUGAAGUUCAUCCUCUAUAUUCUCAUGUUGAUUCAAAGAGGGAUCAGGAUGACUGUCAUCUGAGAGUCCCACUUGAAAAUGCUGAGGGGGUAGAAUAUUUAUUUCCAUAUAUAAAUCUUGGAAACUGGCUGUUGACUGUUAGGAGAGUGACUUUGUGAGGCCAUUGCCUUGAGGCCAAACAUAACCAGGGGAUUUUAGUUGGGCCAGAGACCAGGUGCUACUGUCCCAAGCUCUGGAAAUGUCUCAUGAGACUAAGUAGUCCGUCACUCAAGUGUUCCAGGUGUUUUAUAACUGUAUAUAUGAGAUGUAUGUACAUAGAUGUGUGUGUCUCUCAGGAAGUAGGAAACUAGAAAUGGAAAAUGCUAAGACCUCAAAAACAAAUCAUAACUUUGAGCAAGGCUAGAAAAUAGGUAAGGGACAUAUGCAUACUGCAAAUGAAUUCCUGUAGAAAUAUGAUCUUCCCUUGCCAUCUAGAAGCUUGUUUUCUGGAGAAGUUCUAGAGGAAUCAAAUGAGAUCUUUGUGAAGACUGAGUUGAUUCCCAUCAUAUUUCUCUGCCCAGCAGACAGAAGAUAUAGUAUUUUAACAUUUCCUCCCAUCUGUUGCCUUCAAGAGGAUUGCCCUGAGGACAUCCCACACCAACCUGAUGCUACUUGCAUGAUCCCUGGGAUGGCUGUUUGGGGCCAUCAGGUGGGAUACUAGAUUACAGUGGAUCUUCCUGCUACCUAGUUAAUGAGCUUGACAGGCUCUUCGUCUCCCCCAAUUCCUAUGGAGAAAGCAACAGCCUGGAAAGCUUUGUCUAGUCACUGUAACCCAGUGGUCUCUUAGAACCUUGCUGGUCUCUGCUAGUCUAAACUUUGGUACUUGAGCUGAAAUACAGCUUUGCUUUUAGUAUUUUGUGGGACAGAGUGAGCACCCUAAUCCAAGCACUGCCCACUGACUUCCACUGCAAAGGCUCCUUACCCAGCCAUUACCCAGUACUCAGACAGAGCUGCGGGAUGCCCUCCUCCCUGUGACUGUGAUGUCUGAUGGGACUGGGUCCAGCAACAAGUUGAAUCAAAUACUCGGUACAAGCCUUUGCUGUCCUCUGACACUGAGGCCUGAGGCUUUAAGUUUGAAUACACAUGUGAAGGGCUUCUGUUGUUUAUAUUUUUUAAAAUGUAAACUUGAUUAUUUUAUUGCUAAUUUAAAAAUAAAUGACUAUAUUGAUUGAAAAACA